AAUUCUUUUGUAGUUCCAACUCGGCCCUUGCCACCUACACAUACUGCAAAAUUGCGAGUGCUCUUAUCGAUCUGGUCUGAUUUGAUCGGAUUGGAUCGGGCUAACCCGUCUGAUUGCCACGCGCUUGGAUACCCAGAAAUCCAUAAAUAAUCAACACUUGGAACAUUUACAAUUUUCAAUUGUUGCCCGGCAAAAAAAUUUUCGAGCACUCUACCGAUUUGAUUUAUUGAUAGACAUAGACUGUGUGUGUUCGCGGGUUUCGUGGUUAUAUAAAAUUAAAUUGCACAACUAAAUCGACGAGCAGCAUGGGAUCGCCAGCUGAAUAGUUCCUUUUUGAAUAACAGCUUCAAAUAAUAUGUUAAAAUGAGUUUUAUCCAUCCCGAUGCUGGUUUAAUGGGCUCUAAUGGAAGUGUUCCGAGUUCGUUGGAAGAGUCGGAACCGAAAAUGCAGGAGGGUCAUCACGAGAUUCCUUUCAAUGAUCGAGUUGAAAUAAAAAUCGUGAUGCUGAAAGUUCAGGCAGAGUCCCCUCUUCUGCCCCUGAAGGACGACGUCGAGCCAUUGCACCCACGAGUCCACGACUCCUCGCACAUAUCAGCCAGUAGGUCACCCCACCAGCACCGCACCUUAGCCGGCGACCUCGAGCCGCCGCCCCAGCAGCACUCGCCACCCACUUCCGCGCCCAGCGAACUGACCAGCUGCCCAAACUCCCUGCCGCCGCCCAGUGUGGAAAAUCCGGAAGGAGAGUCCAACAACAACAACAACAGCACUAGCAACAACAACAACCACGAGUUCUACCAGCACCUUUCGGGCAGGGAAAUACCCAUUGCCAAGCACAAGCAGCAGCACGAGUAUCAGCUCUAUCCCAACGACACCUUCGCUCGUCUGGAGGGAAAGGCGCCGAGGCCAAACACCAAGAUGCAGACCAAAGUGGAUGCUGUGGGCAGGAUCACCGGCCCUUGGGGCAAGUGGCAGCUGCGAACCGUACUCCUGAUCUUCCUCUGCAAGAUCCCGUCCUCAUGGUUCAUGGCAUGCAUCAUUUUCACGGCCCCAGCACCGCGACAUGGGGAAUUCUUCUGCAAGCCGCCGAACACAAUUGGCGCACAGAACCAGACGCAGUGGAUCAAGGUGUCGCAUCCCCAGAAGGAGGAGAGCGAUGAUCAGGAGUUCAGCAUCGACUUCUGCAACGUGUACCAGGAUGCGCAGGAGCACGCCCACCACUACUACAACUACGAGAAUACCGAGCAGGAGCCGCGGGUGUGGGAGAAGCCCCUGCACCGCAACUCCAACGUGAUCCCCUGCACGGAGUUCCAGCACGAGGCCGACUACCACUCGGUGGUCACCCAGUAUGAUCUGGUCUGCUCCCGGGACAUCCUCGUAUCGGUCACGCAGUUCUUCCAUCUGUUUGGUGUCCUCACCGGCGGCAUCCUAGCCAAUCAGCUGCUAAAAUACUUCAGUCCUCGAAACGUGAUGCUCUUUGGCAUGAUCACUCAGAUAUUUUGCGGCAACCUCACGGGGCACGUGGCGUCCUACGAACUUCACGUGUUUUUCCGCUGCCUCUCCGCCGUUUGCUGUGCCCAGAUGUACACCGCCGGAGGCCAAAUCAUGGCCGACAUCACGGGUGGCAAGUACCGAACCUGCGUCUCUACGCUCUUCGAGCAGUUCUGGUCCAUUGGCGUGAUGAUGCUACCCGGAGUGGCUAGCUUCUGGUCCAGCUGGUCACACCUCUACAUGGCCAUCUCGUGGCCCACUGUGAUACUCAUCUAUCUGUGGCAGUGGAUUCCCGAUUCCCCGCGCUGGCUGAUCGCCCGCGGACGCACCCAGGACGCCAAGAAGAUCCUGCUGGAGUGCGCCGAGGUGAACGGGACGCGGUACAACCUGCCCCACGACAUCGACAAGCAGCUGGAGCUGCAGGCGCAGACGGCGAUGGACGCGCCUCCCCCGAGUGGGUGGUGGUCCAUCUGGAAGGGGGACCGGGCGGUGCGGCACAUGGUGUGCGUGCAUCUGGCCUGGUCGCUCUACAUCGUCGUCUACUACGGCAUGCUGCUCAACAUCCGCUCCUUCAGCCGCGACCACCUGUACAUCAACACCUUCGUCGCUGGCUUAAGCGAGGUGAUUGGCACCUUCAUCGGCCUCUUCCUGAUCCUGAAGACCACCCGCAAAUGGCUGUGGACGGGGCUCUUCAACAUCAUGGCGGGGUGCAUAGCCUACUGUGGCUGGCUGGUGCCGAAGCCCAGUGUGAUUGGACUGGACGCGAACGUGGCCCUGCUCAUGUGCUCGGCCAUGGUCUCCAAGAUGGCCAUCUCCACAACGCUUAGCAUACUAACCACCUGCACGGUGGAGCUGGUCUCGGACGACAAGAAGAAAAUCACCUCCUUUUCCACAAUUUGCUGGGCCCGCUUUUGGCUGCUGGGAGCACCCUUCGUUGGAUCGACGGUGGUCUUCGGACAGCUCAUUCCCCAGGCGGCCUUCGCCUCGCUGGCCAUUCUCGGUGGCCUGUGCACAUCGCUCAUAAGCAGUCCCAGAACACAUCCCAUCUCGACACCUGCUUCACCGGCUGCCCAGGGGGCCCAGAACAUGGCCUCCCAGUUCACCAUCAUCGACGGCAUGGACAACAAGGGCUACCUGCCCACCUCCAAGCCGAUCCACUCGAACAGCACCAUUAGGAAACUGACCACGCCGCAAUCGAAUCUACCUCCACAAUUGAUGCCCGGCAUUUGGACGACCAAGAUAAGCGAGGACGGCCCACCAAUGUGAACAGAUUUUCAAACUGACGAUGGGUUGAAGUGGUGUUAGGUCGGGAGGCAUUUCUGUAGCCAAGGCUAAGAGCCUCUAGGAUAAUAAAUAGGAGAAGCAGAUGUUCAAAAGUAAGCUAUUGCUAUAUUUGCAGCUAGGACCUUGGUUUGGUUCACAUUGGUGGUGCUGUGACCUGUAAACUAUAGUCUACAAAUUUGAUAAACACUAUACUUAUAGCCUGUUUAUUAGCAUUGAGGUCAUACUCUUUUGUAAGGCACAUUAGCAAACUUUCCCAAGGGGAAAGUCAAGUUAAGUCUUUUGGCACUCUUAAGUAGGAGCUCAACUUUACGCUAUACCCCAAAUCUAAGUGCUCAUGAAGACAAAGGUACAUUUUUAAGUAGGCAAACUCUUAAUCUUAAAGCUGUGGAAUAAAGUCACAAACCAAACUCUCGAAAGGGAAAAGACGCUCGCAAAUGUAACUUAUUAGUAAUGCGCUGGAAAUAGAAAAAAAAAAUUAUAUAUAUUUUUCAUUAACUUUAGGGCAUAGUUCAUUUAGUAAACCCGGAAGGCCAUGAAAGGACUCGAGUCUGGGAUAAGCUUCAGCGCAGCCAUAAUUAGUAGUCUUAUAAGCAUAAAAGUCAAGUGUGGAACAAGCCUUGGGACAAGGACGAGCCCAGUAUUACGCAGUCACUAUUAAACCAAAACAGAACCGUACCGAAUCGAACCUCAUGUAGAACCCACUGCACAGACAAACCAACAUUAAAUGGUGAUCCUUCUAAAGGCCUGUGGUUCCACAUUUCAGUGAUUGUGUUGCAAACACCUGGAGAGAAUUACAUGAAAAGACAUAUAAGAGUAGUUACACAAUAAUUACAUAUUAUGGACAAUUUUAAUUAAUUACCUUAUCUAUGAUAUAACUAUUUGAUUACAUAGAAGAAAACAAUAAUUUUAGAGUACACAUUAAUUACUUUAUUACCAUUAUGUAUUAUGAUUAUCAAUUACCAAGCUAAUUUAAUAUAAAUCAAUUAGUAGUUUUUCAGGUCUUACGUACGUCUAAAAAUAAAAUAUUUUUAAAGUUGCAUCAUCUAGUAGAUACGCUUAGCAACUUGUUGAAUGUUAUCUGAUAAUGGUUACUACAUGAAUGGAAAUGUUAUACAUGGCAAAGAGCAAUAUUUUUUUAAUAAAGCAUCCCCAUAAGAACAAA